GGCUGCAGGAGGAAGUGCGGAGUGUUUCCGGGUCAGAGGUGUGUAGGCGGCACGUUUCCUGGGACGGAGGCACGAUGGCAUCCCAAUUACAGGAGAAGUUACAAGCUGAGGUGACCAAGUAUCAGCAGUUACAGAAAGAUAUCAGCACUAGUAUGUCCGCUCGGCAGAAGCUGGAGGCCCAGGUCACCGAGAACAACAUCGUAAAAAAGGAGUUGGGGUUGCUGGAUGACAGUAACAUUGUGUAUAAGCUUAUCGGACCGGUGCUGGUGAAACAGGACCUGGAGGAAGCCAAAUCCACGGUGGAAAAGCGAUUGCAUUAUAUCAAUGGAGAAAUUAAGCGAUAUGAGACUAUGCUGAAGGACAUGGAACAGAAAUCAGAACAGCAGCGGGCUACCCUCACUAAACUGCAGCAGGAGUACCAGCGGACACAGAUGAAGGGACCAGUGAAGCCCUAAGAUGGGAUAUAGGGAACAUUCUAUUGUAUCGCUUUAUUUAUGUACUCGUUGGGGAGGGUCUCUUCUGCGGUGGAUCCGGAACUUUCCAUGCCCCAACGAGCCACAGUUUGUCCUUUUUUGCUGUUUUUACACUGAAAAUCUAGCAGUGACUUUCUUGUAGGUUUAUGUGCAAUUAAACAUG